UCUCGAGGCCGGCUUUAUUUCCUCACUCUCUUUUCCUAUGAUAUCGGCGUCCUUUUUGAAAAGCCAGUCAGCUCACUUUUGUAUGCUAUCCUCUUUGCUUUUUUCCUUUCUUCUUCUUCAAUUGUUCCUGAAAAUUAUCAUUCUGUCUCUCUCCCAAUACUCUAUCAAGAUUUUUCGUUUCCCAGCAGCCCUACCAUUCGCAUCUGAUCCAAUAUUCUUUAAAUCCCCAUUGCUUAUUUUUCCUUUUUUAUUGCCCUUUCCUGUAUUUUCAUUAUCUGAUAGUGAGUUUGGAAUAAUGACAAGGUUAAGCCGUGGUUUUGCACAUACUAUUCAGAGAGAUACUGUUCCAGCUGUAUCAGCUGAUGUUGUAUUUGCUUCGAGUCGUUUUCCUAAUUACAAACUUGGAGCGAACAAUCAGAUUUUGGAUGCAAAGGAUGACCCAAAAGUACUGACCAUGAAGGAGGUUGUGGCCCGCGAGACUGCAAUGCUUUUGGAACAGCAGAAUCGCCUCUCUGUUCGUGACCUUGCCAGUAAAUUUGAGAAGGGUUUGGCUGCUGCUACUAAGUUGUCUGAAGAGGCUCGACUCAGAGAGGCAGCUUCAUUAGAAAAACAUGUUCUUUUAAAGAAGCUUAGAGAUGCACUAGAAUCCUUAAGAGGGCGUGUGGCAGGCAGAAACAAGGAUGAUGUAGAAGAAGCUAUUGCAAUGGUGGAAGCUUUAGCCGUUCAGCUGACUCAAAGGGAAGGAGAGUUAAUUCAAGAAAAAGCAGAAGUGAAGAAGCUAGCUAGUUUUCUUAAGCAGGCUUCAGAAGAUGCCAAGAGACUUGUUGAUGAGGAAAGAGCUUUUGCUCGUGCAGAAAUUGAGAGUGCUAGAGCAGCAGUUCAGAGGGUGGAAGAAGCCCUUCAAGAACAUGAACGGAUGUCUCGAACUUCAGGGAAGCAGGACCUGGAGGAAUUAAUGAAGGAGGUUCAAGAGGCUCGAAGGAUCAAAAUGCUGCAUCAGCCAAGCAAGGUUAUGGACAUGGAACAUGAACUACGUGCGCUGAGGAUUCAACUUGAAGAGAAGUCCAAACGUUCUCUUCUACUUCAGAAAGAGUUGGCAAGGAGCAAGAGAUCUGAGCAGAACAUAUGCCAAUCAUAUGAAUUAGAUGGCUCUGAAGCUCUGGGUUCUUGUUUACAUAUCAGUCCUUGCUUUGAUAAUGCUCCAGAACUUUCUAAGUGUUCAAUUCAGUGGUAUCGUUUGUCAACUGAAGGUGCCAGGAAGGAACCUAUAUCAGGAGCAACCAAGUCUGUUUAUGCUCCAGAACCUUUUGAUGUCGGGCGAGUCCUGCGAGCAGAAAUUAUUGCUGAAAGUCUUCAAGUCACGUUGACAACCACUGGUGCAAUUGAUCCUGCUGCUGGUCUUGGGAGCUAUGUGGAGGCACUUGUGCGGAAACAUGAUGUUGAAUUCAAUGUAGUUGUUACCCAGAUGAAUUGUGUAGAUCAUAAAUCAGAAUCCAUUCAUGUGCUACAUGUGGGAAAGAUGAGGAUGAAGCUUUGUAGAGGAAAGACGACAGUUACUAAAGAGUACUACUCCCCUUCAAUGCAGCUAUGUGGAGUUAGAGGAGGUGGGAAUGCUGCAGCACAGGCCUUGUAUUGGCAAGCGAAUAAAGGGAUUUCCUUUGUGUUAGCAUUUGAAUCAGAGAGGGAAAGAAAUGCAGCCAUUAUGCUUGCAAGAAGAUUUGCCUUUGAUUGCAAUAUCAUUCUUGCUGGACCUGACGACCGAUCUCCGGUGGGAACUUAAAUGGCCAACCGCCCAUGGUAUUCUUUUUCACUAAUUGUAAUUAUUAUUCAGAGUUUCAUGUUGUAUUAUAGGCUUGUAACAGUAGGAUUUGGUAUGUUCUAUUGUGUUACGGGCAUCCAGCAUUCUUUAGUUUCUUUCUUUCAUAUUUUACUACUAGCCCAACACCAAGGCAUCUUUUUUUGUCCUGAGCGUACCAGUGGAGAUUGACUGCAGCUGUAUCUGAUAUCUACUGAAAAUAACAGCAGCUUUUGUUGCAUGAUUUAUGUAUUGAGAUGAUUGCUACGAGAGAAAGUGGUGCUGUAUUUUGCUA